AUGCAGUGCUUCAAAUUCAUUAAGGUCAUGAUGGUCCUCUUCAAUCUACUCAUCUUUCUGUGUGGUGCGGCCUUGUUGGCUGUGGGAAUCUGGGUAUCCAUCGAUGGGACAUCCUUCCUGAAGAUCUUUGGGCCAAUGUCAUCCAGUGCCAUGCAGUUUGUCAACGUGGGCUACUUCCUCAUCGCGGCUGGUGUUGUGCUCUUUGUCCUCGGUUUCCUGGGCUGCUACGGUGCUCACUCUGAGAACAAGUGUGCGCUCUUGAUGUUCUUUACCAUCCUCCUCAUCAUCUUCAUUGCUGAGGUUGCGGCUGCUGUGGUUGCUCUGGUGUAUACCACAAUGGCAGAAAACUUCCUGACAUUGGCAAUAGUACCUGCCAUCAAAAAAGACUAUGGUUACCAGACCGAAUUCACCCAAGUGUGGAACACUACCAUGAAAGAGCUGAAGUGCUGUGGUUUCAACAACUAUACAGAUUUUAACACCUCACGUUUCGUUGAAGAGUAUAAACUCUUUCCUCCUUACUGUUGUCGCGGAGCUACCAAUGGCACGGCUACGCAAUCAUGCACUGAGAAUGAAGCUGAAGAAACAAACGUACCGGGUUGUUUCAAACAGCUUCUGUAUGAGAUCAGAACCAAUGCGGUCACUGUGGGUGGUGUGGCAGCUGGAAUUGCGGCCCUGGAGCUGGCUGCCAUGACUGUAUCCAUGUAUCUAUACUGCAAUCUGAAAUAA